AUGAUGUUUGAAUUCACAUCACCCGGUGCAAAGUUAGCUAAUCGUUUUAACAAUGGUGGUGGACCACCAACACUUCGAAUUCAAGGUCAAUCGUGUCAUCGAAUUGGAAGUUUGUUACCACUGAAAGGUCAACCUCCUAAAUUUGCCCAACUUUAUAUUUAUGAAACUGAAAACGAGGUCCAUAAUAGAAUGCAAGGUCUAAGGGACACCAAAAACAUUGAUCCCUUGAUUGUACAUCAAUUGUCUGAAAUGCUUUAUGAACAUAACCCUCGUGCAAAAAGUUUUCAGAUGGCCAAACAAUGGUUAAGUGACGGAAAUACUCAAAACUUUAAAUUGAGGUUAAUUUCUAAUAGAAAAACAAAUGGCCAAAUAUAUAAUCAACCAACUGUGUCAGAAGUUGCUGCAUUAGUUGUUGGUGAUAUUGACACAGCUGAAAUGAGGGACAUAGUCAUGCAAACAAAAGGAGGGCAACUACAACAGAUUAAUGAUAUACAUGCAAGUUACUUAGCUUAUCAGUAUCCUUUGAUUUUUCCCUAUGGAGAAGAUGGUUAUAGGCCUAACAUAGCUCAUAGAUACUUAGACAUCUUCCAAGAUAAUAAGAGAAACAGACUAACCAUAAGAGAAUGGUUGUCAUUUUGA